AUGCAAUGGCACGGUCCAAGUGUAUGGACAGUACUUCUUAAAGUUCUCUAUACUUGCCAGUGUUGUGCCAUCUGGUUUGGACUGUGUGCUGCUGGUGGGGUUAUGUUCGCUUUUUAUGUUAAGGUAGGUGAAAGAUGUCAGAUUGGACUUGAAUAUAUAAUCGCCUGGUCAAAAAGUUUGUAGAAUUUGAUUUUUAAACUAAAAUAUGAUGUAUAGAUACCAAAUGCCAAAAAUAUGAGGAAGACGAUAGAAGGAAAGAUGUUUUUACAAACCAUUUUACUCAGUAUGUUCGAUGGAUUCCAAUUAAUAUUGGCAGUAACUUUAACAACCAAUAAUCUGAGAGCACCGCUUGGAAGCACGUUAGCCUUAGCACGUUGUUCUUUCAGUUCUGUUUUGUACAUUAUUUUGAAUAGGUAAGUAGAUAUAGUAGAGCCCAGAGCCCUAGCUUAGAGACCUAGCCCAGAGCCCUAGCCCUAGCCCUAGCCCUAGCCCUAGCCCUAGCCCUAGCCCUAGCCCUAGCCCUAGCCCUAGCCCUAGCCCUAGCCCUAGCCCUAGCCCUAGCCCUAGCCCUAGCCUUAGCCCUAGCCCUAGCCCUAGCCCUAGCCCUAGCCCAGAGCCCUAGCCCUAGCCCUAGCCCUAGCCCUAGCCCUAGCCCUAGCCCUAGCCCUAGCCCUAGCCCUAGCCCUAGCCCUAGCCCAGAGCCUUAGCCUAGAGCCCUAGCCCAGAGCCCUAGCUUAGAGACCUAGCCCAGAGCCCUAGCCCAGAGCCCUAGGCCAGAGUCCUAGCCCAGAGCCUUAGCCCGGAGCGCAAGCUAGGAGUUCUAGACCAGAACCCUUGUUUAAGCCCAAGCCUUUGAUCUAGCCCUACCCCUACUACUACCCACACCUCAAUUCCUAGCUCCGAAAAAAUCGACCCUGCCCGGCCCGGUCGGCGUGUCUAAAUAUUUUACCCUGGUUCUUAUCCAAAGUCCAAUAAACCUACAAAUCGUAACCUUCCUUAUGUAAAACUCAAGAUAACAAUCAAUGUUUCAGAGAAAUACGAAGAGUGUUGAGACAUGUUUCCUUCUACAUGAGUGGAACACAUGUCUCUAGCAGUGUGAUAGCCAUUUCUGGAAACAAAGUUGGCUACAGAAGAAAAAUAUAA